UUGCAUUUUUGAUCGCGUUAACGUUUGAAAUUUAGAUAAAUCAGUUUCAUUAAAUUACGAUGGAAAAUAAAUUAUAACUGAAAAAAUUAGUUUUUAUUAUCGAUUGUGUAUAAAGAGGAGCCAUUUUCUAUCAGAAUCAGACACGCAUAGUGAACCAAUACAAUGAAACUUGAAAUCCUGUAUUCACGUUGAAAUGCACGCACCGUCAUCAAAGUUAGUGUCAUAUCUAGGAGUCGCAUAGUGAUUAAGUUUUGUGCAAUAAAAAGUAAAUAUUCGAAAACUUGAACGCUUUUUCUCCUAGAAGUGGCACGAUGCCGCGUUUGCUAGUUUAAAUAAACUGUAGAGAAAAUCGAACGACGAUGAUGUUUUGCUGUUUAAGAAAUUGUUUUGACGGCCUUGGCUUUGCCGAAACUCAAACGCCGAAGAGAGAACUUAAUCCUAUAACUUUAGAUACAUGUUUCAUGGGUCAUGAAGUUGUGAUACUAAAAGACGGUCUAAGAGUGUGUGGUUGUGGUGGUGCCUUAACAAAUGCCCCUCUUGUCCAAAGUAAAAGUUAUUUUGAAGUUAAAAUACAACAAGGAGGUAUAUGGGCUAUCGGAUUAGCUACAAGGUCCACGGAUCUGAAUAUCACAAUUGGGGGAAACGAUACAGAAAGUUGGGCUCUUAACUCUGAUGGUAUAAUAAGGCAUAAUCAACAAGAACUACAUACAAUUCAAAGUGUAGUUCAAGAAGGAGACAUUAUAGGUGUGUCUUAUGACCAUGUAGAACUUAAUUUCUAUAUAAAUGGGAAAUCAAUGGAUGCUCCGGUAAUGGGCAUAAAAGGAGCCGUGUACCCUGUACUCUAUGUGGAUGAUGGGGCCAUUCUAGAUUUAAUUUUGGUUCACUUUGUUCAUCCUCCACCUACUGGUUUUGAAAAGAUAAUGUUAGAGCAAUCAUUGCUCUAGCAAAAUGGAUUGAUAUGCAAAUGGAUUCAUUAUGUCCCUCCACUAUUCAACUAAUAUUAAAAUACAGAGUCAAAAACUAUUCUAAUUUAGACACAAAGUCUUAAGAUAAGAAAUUCUUUUAAUAACAAUGUAUAAAUAUAUUUAAU